CCAUUGACCCCCUAAAUAUUCGCAUUAUCUAGAAAGAAAAGGAUAAGAGUUAAGAACCCCCUUCUUUGCCUUUUCCUCCAAGCUUUUUUCCUCUUUUUCAUUAAAGGCAUCUUAUAAAAGAGUCAAUAAUCUACACAAACUUGAUUGUAUAUCUUUCAAGAACCAAACAACACAAACUUCAAUUCCUACCUUUCUUCUUCUUCUUCUUCCAAAUUAUUAUUAUUCUUUUUUCUCAAGAAAUUAAUAAAGAUGGAUAUGGUGUAUUACCCAUUUGGGAGGUCUUCUUAUGAAGAUUCUUUGAAGGUUAUUGAGGCUGAUAUACAACAUGCUAAUGCUUUGGCCGCUGCACUUCCUAGAGCCAAAGAUGGUGCGCGAUUUCAAAUGAAAUUAGUCCAUGAUCAAUUAACACCUCUUAUUAUGUUCUUGCUACAAUGGAUAGAUUCUUCUUGCGCAUGCCUCCUGCCUAGAUGCUUGAAUCUUUUCCAUAUCACCGUUUAUAAGGUUUAUACCGAUGGGAGGCCAAAGAUUUCUAGACAUGGAAGGAAGGCAACUGUUAGCGACUUUUAUGCCAUCAUACUGCCAUCUCUUAGAAGGCUGCAUUACGACUUGGUGGAGCGCGAUAACGGGCCUAAAGAACCGAGUCCAGAAUUGGAGAUAUCGGGCCCGAAGAAACUAGAUAAAGACAAAAAGUUCACUAACAUUGAUCUGGAACGAGAAGAUGAAUGCGGGAUCUGCUUAGAACCGUGCACCAAGAUAGUCUUACCUAACUGUUGCCAUGCAAUGUGCAUCAACUGUUACCGCGAUUGGAAUUCGAGAGCGGCAUCGUGCCCGUUUUGUCGGGGCAAUAUAAAGAGAGUACAGUCGCGAGAUUUGUGGGUCCUCACUUGCAACGACGAAGUUAUCGACGCUGAUCUUGUUUCGAAAGAGGAUUUGGUUCGUUUCUAUCUGUACAUCAAUAAUCUCCCUAAAGAUUCUCCUGAUGCCAUUUUCUUUAUGUUUUAUGAGUAUCUAAUAUAAUAUCGAGAAACUCGAGAGUCUGUUGUAUAGAGGGUUAAAAUCUUUAAAAAAAAUACGAAAAAGCCGACCCGUGAUAUGUAAACAGCGGUCGGUUUUAAUCUGUAAUCGUAAAUAUUCUUUCUUCAAAUUGUUAGAUGAAAAUAAAUACAAACUUGUUUAUUUCUA